CUAACGUAAAUGUCACUUUUGAAUGAUAAUCACUGGCAGUUGCUGCUUUUUUACAAAAUUCCCAAAAUUCUGCAAUUAUGAACGGUUUAAAACGCGGGGCUUUAAUAGUAGUCGAAGGUGUAGACAGAUCUGGAAAGUCCACCCAAUGUAAGAAACUCGUAGAAUCUUUAAAAACCCGAAAUGUGAACGCCAAUUUAAUAACCUUUCCGGACAGAACAACAGGCAUUGGGACAAUUAUCGACAGCUAUUUGAAGCAGAAGAGCAACUUGUGCGAUGAAGCGAUUCAUCUCAUGUUUUGUGCCAAUCGGUGGGAGAAAAAGGAAGAAAUGGAACGGUUACUCAAACAAGGAGUCACUUUGAUUGUUGACAGAUACUCAUUUUCUGGAGUUGUGUAUUCUUCAGUUAAAAAAAAUAUGAACGUCCAUUGGUGUCAGGAACCGGAAAAAGGACUGUUGAAACCAGAUUUGGUCCUCCUGCUGAUUUUAAGUGAAAAGGAAAUAUCAAAGAGGCCGAAUUACGGCGACGAACGUUACGAGAAUAAAGAAACUCAAGAAAAGGUGGCAAACAUGUUUAUGAAAAUGAGCGAGGAACAAGAGGACUGGGAUGUGGUGGAAGCUGAUGGUGGUGUAGAUGAUGUUCAUCAGCUUUUGCUGGAAAAAGUAAUGAAAAAAGUGAGUGAGGUGGGACAUAAACCAAUAGAAAUUUUAAACUUUAAACAGCAGUCCUAAAACGAGUUUUAUUUUUAUGCAGCUAUUUAAAUGGCUAUAAUAUUUAAUUAAUUGUCACAGGAGUCAUUCCAAAGACUUUAGAAUUACAAUUUUUUAGCAAUU